AUCAGCUCGGUUAAUGGAGGGGAGUAGCUUUCGAUUUGAUUGAGGAAUGUUUCUCUAUUUGACACUGUUGCAGUAUUUGUUAUUAUGGGUUGAGAAGAGUUGCCAUUAAAAUAUUACGUCGAAAAAUACAUCAUGAGUACCAAGGCAUCAUCGUCAACAUUAUUAAAUUUCUUUAUUUUUAGUCCUAAAUAUGGUCCAAGAGAAGGGGAGGAGGAGAAGAAGAUCAUGUUUUAUUAUCCGAAGAAUAUGGACAUUGACACACAGAUAAAGAAUAUUGGUCUAAGCGAAGCAAUUGUAAAAUUUUCAGAGACAUUUUCUGAUAAGCCUUGUGAGUGUGUGCACACCCAGAAGACCAGACAGUUAUUCCUGGAGCCGGAACCAGAGUUCUGGAUGGCCAUGACUGUAUCCAUUCCAUACAGUGAGAAGGUGAAAGACGGUCACAGCUACAUCGAGUACCGGGAAGAAGAUGUCCAAGACUCCGUAUAUGCAGCCGUUCUCAAACAAGCAUACAGAAUGUUUCAGCUUUUCAAUGGGACAUUUGAGAACAUCCUUCAGCAAGCAAAUGGAGAUGUGCAGAUUCUUAAACAGAGACUGGAACACUUUUAUGAAAGGUAUCUGUUGACCUUACGCAUGCACCAAAGUGACAUUCUAGAUGUGUUCAAUGGAAUUCAUUUUCUUCCUCUGGACAAAAACACUUACCUGAGAAUUCAGUGCUUCAUUAACCAACUGGAGGCAACAUUCCCAUCUGUCAAAUACACAGCUUUCCUUUAUAACGAUCAGCUAGUCUGGAGUGGUCUGGAGCAGGAUGACAUGAGGAUCAUGUACAAGUACCUCACCACCAGUCUCUUCCCCACACACCUGGAGAACGAGCUUCAGGGGGUACAACCGCGCACAGUGGGCUCUUCUAUACAAGGAUCCUCACAUUUAGCAAAGUUUGUUACGGGUCCAGUUAACUUGAAAGAUGAAGGAAACCUGGGAAAGAUUCCCCGUGUGUUUAUUAACACAGAAGAAGAAAAUGAGGAGUGUCAACUUCUCGUGUACAAAGCACUCAGUGCCAGUAUAUGUAUGCUAAUAAAUGUAAAAAGUCCCUUAACCUUUGACCUUUGUCGUAAACUUGAUGGCUUCCUUGCACCUCAGAUGAGCAAACUGGCUUCAGAUAUAAGUGAGGUUUACUCUAAGAAGUCACUGACUUUAAGUUCUACAGAUCCACAGUUCAAAUACAUCUACUUCAACCAUAUGAACCUUGCCCAGAAGACGACAGUUCACAUAGACAUCAGGAAACUUUCGGGUGUGAACAUCCCUCAAGACACACUGAGGCUAUUGGCAGAUAUCAAUGCAGAUCUAACCAGGGGUAAUGAAGAUGGUGAGACGAUAGUGAAGACUCUCUCAGACUAUUGGGUGGUAGGGAAGAAGUCGGACCAACGAGAGUUUUAUGUCGUCAUCAAUCAGAAAAAUGCUAACCUCAUCGACAUUAAUGAGGAGGUGAAGAAAUUGUGUACAAUGCAUUUGAAUAAUGUGUUCUUCUUGGAUUGAUGUCCUAACUGGCAUUCCAUACAAAACAUUCUACAGCUGACGCCAUGUACCAGACAGAAAUGUUAAUGACGGUGUUGCUUGAUCUGGUUAAUAAUCCAUAUCAAACAUUAUGUUUUUUGUGUCCACUCCAUAACAGAAGUAUGUUUAGUUAAUGACUGUGUUGCUUGAUCUGGUUAACAAUCCAUAUCAAAAAGUAUGGUUUUAAUGUCAACUCUAUAACAGCAAUGGGCUUGGUUAAUGACUGUGUUACUUGAUCUGGUUAACAUUCCAUAUCAAAAAGUAUGGUUUUAAUGUCAACUCUAUAACAGCAAUGGGCUUGGUUAAUGACUGUGUUGCUUGAUCUGGUUAAUAAUCCAUAUCAAACAUUAUGGUUUUAAUGUCAACUCCAUAACAGAAGUGUGCUUGGUUAAUGACACUGUUGCUUGGUUUGGUUAGCACUGUCUAUCAAACAGUCGGAUUUUAAUGUCCGUUCCCAAAUAGCAGUGUGCUUGGUUAAUGGCAAUUUGGAAUAACUCUGGGUAACAAUUCAUAUCAAACAUUAUGGUUUUAAUGUCAACUCCAUAACAGAAGUGUGCUUGGUUAAUGACUGUGUUGCUUGGUUUGGUUAGCACUGUCUAUCAAACAGUCAGAUUUUAAUGUCAGUUCCCAAAUAGCAGUGUGCUUGGUCAAUGGCAGUUUGUGAUAAAUCUGGUUGACAAUCCACAUCAAACAUUCCGGUUUUAAUGUAAGUUCCGGAACAGCUUGGUUAAUGUUUACACUUUUUGGAUAACGAUCCAUACCAAACAAUUAGAUUUUAAUAUCAACUCCAAGACAAUCUUGUGCCCAAAUAAUUGGCCGUGUUAUAUAAUCACAUAUCUCUACAGACUGGCAAUGUGCAACAUACUGACUUAACACCAUCUACAAAACAGGUUUAUACUUACUGUUGUUAAAUUGUUUUCUCUGUGGAUUGGUAUUCCGAUACCGUGGUUGACAACCCAUUAUCAUACUAGACAUUCUGACCAGGCUCAGAUGCAGGAUUUCUGAAAGGGGGGAUUCAAAUGUGAUGACUGAUCUCUCCUUUUACACAGAACAGUUAAUAUAAUCACGUUUCCCCUUAAAAGUUAUGGUCGGUUUUCAAAAAGGGGGGUCCGGACCCCAGGAUCCGCAACUGCUGACUACAAAAAUAUGUGCAAUACAACAGUGUUAACAGUUGGUGAACAACUUUUCAUAAUGUUGUACCAAUAAUGAUGUUAGCAUACCAAACAUUGUGAUUAAAACAAUUAGAACAAGUAACCAGAGUGGUCUUUUAACAACUAAUAUAUUUAGUAGUUCAUGGUAUUGUUCUUACUUCCACCCACCCUACCGGCCUCGGUGGCAUAGUGGUUAGGCCAUCGGUCUACAGGCUGGUAGGUACUGGGUUCGGAUCCCAGUCGAGGCAUGGGAUUUUUAAUCCAGAUACCAACUCCAAACCCUGAGUGAGUGCUCCGCAAGGCUCAAUGGGUAGGUGUAAACCACUUGCACCGACCAUACCCCGUCAAUAUUUUAACAAAAUAUAAUUAAAUGUUUUCAACCUGCCAAAGAAGAUAUCUGAAUGUAAACAGGUGAUCCACUUUUAGGGUAAUCAGGAUAAACGCACAAUUUAUAAAAUCAGUGCACAUACCAUUAGUAUUAUCAGAUUUUUAUUUUUGGAGGCCAUCAGCAUUAGGGCCCGCCCAUACUAUCUAUUAAUCUGCUAAUUUCAGUGUUAAACGUGGGGCGAUUUUAUUUUAGGAAGCCAUCUGCAUUAGGUCCCGCCAAUACUUUUUAUUAGUCAGUUAAUUUCAGUUUUAAACAUGUGGGGCGAUAAGCAAAUAUUAAAGGUGUGGGAGGGGAGAGAUGAUUGGAGGGCAUACCCCUCCCCAGUGGCACAUACCCUGCCCUUUAAUAUCCAUCAUGGAUCAUUCAUAGAAUGGGAAAUAACCAGUUGCACUGUGAUGGGUGCUCCUAUGACCCACGUAACAGGGCCCUGUCUACAUCGUAUAUGUUUGUUUUCUUCCAUCUUUUCAUGUAUACUUUCCUCUUAACGAGGUAUGAGGAAAGGAGACAUAUUUGUGUAUCGACACCACAGCACAUGCUUGCCUACAGGUGUUUUGUAUCUAACACAGGUGGGGGCAGGGGCUUUCUUUUUUCUUUUUUCUUUUUUUUUGACAUUUAGGUUAAAUUACAAUUUUGGUAUCACUGUAUAACAAGGUAUUAAAAGUAACAAUAUGUUGCAUACUACAACAUUGUAAUAAUGAGUGAGUUAAUGUUUUAACACUGAAAUAAAUUAUGAAAGAUU